AUGACAAACUAUAUGGUUUGUUUGGCACAUUUUUGUGAAUUGCAUGGACCUAGUGUUAUAGCUUGUACACAAAUCAUAGACGAACAAUCGGUGAAGGAGAAUCUACUUCUGUCAUAUUCCCGACUGACAAGUUGUUUGUCAUGUCAAUUUAUUCUACCUGACUCCACUGCCAAUUUAGUUACAAAACUAGCUGAGGACAAUGCAAAAAAACCAACAAACCCCCUACAAUCAACUUCACCACCAACACCUACAUCAACAUCAACAUCAACUUCUACUGAUGCAAUAAUCGGAAAAGUCAGCAUAUCGACUCACUAUCCGUCAUCUCAAAAACGGUACUCGGCAUUAACAAAGUUGGUUAUGAAAUCACUAUCGGUCGAAACAAUGUCGGACUUGUCGAAGCCAAUGUUUUAUGGAGAUGCAAUUAAUGGUUAUUGCAUUAAUCAAAUAUUCAAAGUCGAAGAUUUGAAUGCAAGGGGAGGCGAGAGGAAAUAUUCGCUAAUGGUAAUCAGCGACAAUGAAUCAGAACUUUUGAUGCAUUGGGAAAUUAUUGGUAUUUAUUUCAAUGUGGUUAUUGAAUUGAUUCAGAAAAAAGUUGACAAGGCAAAUCAAGUCAAGCAAAGCGAAAGUAAUAACAAUAGCAAUUGUUUUGGUGAUGGCGAUUUGAGUUCCAACAAGAUGUUUGAUAACGAGAGAUAUUUACGAAGAUCAUUGAUCAAACCAAAAUCAUUAACUGAAUUAACUAAUGAUAAUGAGAUAUUUGUGAGAAUACAUUUGUGUGUUACAGAAAUGUUAAAAGAUAUACUUGGGUAA